GUGUUAUUUUAUUUUAUCAAUUUAUUAUUUUAUUCUCAUUCUACGUGACUUUACCGAAAGAACCAAAGAAGGGGCAGCUCGCCGAGCAGUACUCCCAGCUGGCGAGCAACCUCCAGAAAAACAACCUGGAGCUGCAGCAGUCCCUGGCAUCCGGCACAGCUGAUUCGCUGAGCCUGCAGGAAAUGAAGCGAGCGUUGGAGGCGGCGCGGAGCGAGUGCGAGUCUCAGCAGCGUAAGACCAAGUCGGUGCUGCAGCAGCAGAGGCAGCAGCAGGAGCAGCACCAGGCACAGCUCAUGUCCCUGAAGUCGGAGAGGGAGUCUUCGAACCAGGCGUCGAUUGAGGAGAUGCGACGCCACUACGAGUCGCAGCUCGCUGACCAGGCCGCCGAGAGGGACAGGGAGGUGUCCAGCAUGAAGAUGAGGAUCGAGAGCUUCCAGCAGCAGAGCCAGAGCUCGAGCCAGGGCAGUGACCAGCGCCUGGCGGAGCUGCAGCGCACCAUCUCCCAGCAGGAACAGAUCAUCGCCACGCUCCGCGAGGAGAUGGAGAGGUUGAGGAUGUCCAUGAGCCAAAGGUCGACCAUGCAGUCGUCCACCGUGGUGAACACCGCCGCCAAGCGGGAGACGGAGUACCCGUACCUACGCCUGGUGCCCACGUACGGAGAGUGCGUGUACAGCAACUGCUCCGUGCUGAACGCCGGACACCACGGAGACAGCAGAGUCGCGAGCGAGAAAGCGACCAAGACCGUCCGAUUUGCAGAAUCCGAGAGAAUCUUCUAAGGGGGAAACGCACGGUGCCACGUCCACAUGCGGGAGCGCAGACUCACCAGGAAACACCUUUCCCCAAUGGUCAGCAACCAGAAUAUCAACUUGGCAUGUAUGGGUAACCCUCUAAACACAACAACAACGGUUGCCGUUUGCCCGCUAAGUGGCGGGGAUGUCACCACGGCGUUUGUGCGAGGCUCGGUGCACUUUGAAGCCAUCGCGUGAAGUGUCAAGGCUUGCUGUGGCAGACCCAUAACACCUGGGUCUGUUCUCAGGUGUUAAUGGGUUAAUUCUACACAUGAGCACACGCAGCUACGUACUCAAAUGCAUGCACACGUCCUCGGGCACACACUCACGCACGGAUGCACAGGUUGCUGGCCAAUGUCACUCUUCAACGUGCACAGAAGCACCGCAAUGCUUUUGGUGCAGGUUAAUUGGGUUUGGGUUUCUGAAUUUUCUUAAUUAUUGUUAUUAUUUAGCUUUUUGUACACUUUAAUGUGUUAACAAAAAAAUAAUUCCUUUUAUUAAUUUGUUAAUGUUUAGUAGUUUAGUCAAAGAAUAACAUCAUUUUGGGGAAACUGAAUGUCAGGUGAGUGGAGACGCAUUCAAUGGCACUUGGAUGAUCUCAGUUAGCUACGUACAGCGCGAAGGAAGCUCAACGUGACUUUACCGAAAGAACCAAGAAGAUGGGUAUAUACUUCUACACUCCCGCCAGCUCCACCGUCUCGUUCAUCCCAACCUCGGGGGUGGAGGGUUGGCACCGGAUUCGGACGCGGAGAGAACUCCGCACCCCCAUGGCCUGCACAGUACCCAGUGGCACGAACCGCGAGUCCUGCCCAUAAAAGGGCUUGACGUCUCAAGCCCUUUUAUGGGCAGGGAGCAGUGGGCGCGAGACCCCUCCCCCCACCCCAACCGGUGGAGGGGGGGUGGGGGCGGUGUCUCCGUGGUCACGUGCGUGGCGGUUUUUAUUUUAAAAUGUUAUUACCUCAGAGCCGAGCGCGCGCCUUGCUAUGAACGUUUUAUUAUUAUUGUUUAAAUGUGCACAGUAUAUAACGAAAUUUAAUGUUACAGCUAAUUUGCAAAGAAAGCGGGCCGCUUGUGUUAAAGACGUUGAGUUACAUUUCGACAAAAAAAACCCUAAAUAAUAAUAUAGAACAGUCCCUGAGGAAAAUAUAAACAACAACAAAGACGAGCAGACAAGUGUGGGGCCGUCCAUAAA